AUGGAUUUGAAAGGUUUUGCUGAAGGUGGAAUUGCCUCCAUCAUUGCCGGUGCUUCCACACACUCUUUAGAUUUAAUCGAGACUAGAGUAAUGAAUAUGAAGGUGAAGCCUGGGGUGGAACCACCUUAUAAGGGUGCACUGGAUCGUGCAAUGAAGACGAUCAAGGCAGAGGGUCCUAUGGCCUUGUAUAAAGGGUUUAUCCCUACAAUUUCAAGGCAAGGACCUUUCACUGUGGUGCUAUUCGUCACAUUAGAGCAAGUCAGGAGAUUACUUAAGGAUUUCUGA